AUGCCUUCCUACGAGGAACUUAAUUCAUCAGUUAGCCCUACCGCCCUGGGUCAGGGCCAAAUCGCAGAGAUCAAAGAGGGCAAAAAGGACGGAGGGGUCAAAAUAGUGGCCAGGAAUAGCCACGUCACGUCAGAACGCUUACCAGCGAUUUACACUGACCAAUUCAUCGAGAGUCCCGGUCUUGCUCGUGGCAAUGCAGCCGUUUCGGUGGACAAGCCCGACGGAGACCGAGAAUGGGUGCGAGGCGUGAAGGAAUACACACCACUCCAGCAGCACGUCUUGUUUUGGGACAGAGACGGCGACGGGCAAAUCUUCCCGUGGGACGUCUAUGUCGGGUUUCGAGAGUUAGGCUUCAACAUCAUCUUCUCCAUCCUCGCCGUUCUCAUCAUCAAUAUCAACUUCUCCUACCCUACGAGACUGGCAUAUAGCUGGCUCCCGGAUCCGUACUUCCGAGUAUAUGUCCCAAGCAUUCAUAAGGCCAAGCACGGUUCCGAUAGUGGCACCUACGACCCGGAAGGACGAUUCAUUCCGCAAGCAUUUGAGAAUCUCUUCUCCAAGUACGAUAGCGACAACGAUGGCGCAAUAACAUUAUGGGAAAUGUUUCAUCUCAUGCACGGUCAUCGCUGCGCAGCUGAUCCAUUCGGGUGGGGAGCAGCGUUCUUCGAGUGGGGAACAACAUGGCUUCUGAUUCAGAAGGACGGUAAGAUCUACAAGGAAGAUCUACGGGGAGUCUACGAUGGUUCCUUGUUUUGGAAAAUUCGUGAUCUACGUCAGUCAAAGACGGGUUGGAAUCAGGGAUAUGGCUUAGAAGUCAAUGGUCUACUGGGCUCCGCAAAGGGCUUGCUACUUUGA